AUGGCCGUCUCGGAGCACAACGUCAACAACACCAAUCUCCUCCAUAACGACAUGAACAUCGCAGCGGGUCCAGCACUAUCGAGCACACUCCUCAACGCCGAAGUCGCAGAGACCGCGAGCCAACCUACCCAGCCCUCGACAUCGACCCGGCGCACGAGGCGCCGAGCGCCUGUGACGAACGGAGAGAAGAUAACUCUCGCGACGUACAUACACAAGCACGAGGCGAAGUGGACGUCGGGUAAGUGGUGGAUGAGCGAUGAGGACAAGUGGGGCCGUUUUUGGCGCGAAGUGAGCAUCGAGCGUCAAUUAGAAGUAGAGAUGUAA